AUGGGAGCCGCAAUAUCCUUACCCCUAAUGCCAAUAUCGUCCCUAGCAUCGUGUUUUGGUGCAGCGGCAUGCUCGGCUUUGUGCACAUCGAUAGGUGGUACUUUCAAAUCAUCAAUCAUGACAAGAAUUACAUAUGCGAUAUUAUUGUUGGUGAACUCCAUAAUUUCAUGGAUUGCCUUAUCGCCAUUCAUAAUUCGAAAGCUAGAGAAAGCUACGUUUGGAUUUAUUAACAUCAGUUGCGGCCCUGACGGCAGUCAGUGUAUUAGUUUUACGUCGGUUCAUAGAAUCAAUUUUGCCUUGGGUAUGUUACAUUUGAUUUUGGCGACGUUGUUGGUUAAUGUAAAAUCAACCGCAAAUCCAAGGGCUGUAAUUCAAAACGGUUGUUGGAAAAUGAAGGUAUUUGCGUGGAUGGCAUUCAUAUUUAUCAAUUUUGUUUUGAUUCCUGAUAGCUUCUUUGUCUUUUAUGGUAAUCAUAUUGCCAUCAUUUUUUCAACUAUUUUUCUAGGUAUUGGAUUGAUUCUUUUGGUUGAUUUCGCUCAUGCAUGGGCUGAAAAGUGUUUGGAAAAAAUUGAAAUGGAAGAGUUGACGGGAGAGGGCGAUGCUGGAUUUUGGAAAAAGUUGUUGGUUGGUGGUACGUUGACAAUGUACAUUGGUAGUAUCAUCUUGACUGUCGUUAUGUAUUGGUUUUUUGCAGGCAAAGGAUGUUCAAUGAAUAAAACGGCAAUAAGUUUGAAUUUGGUUUUCGCUACAAUUAUAUCAGCAUUGUCUAUACACAACACUGUUCAAGAGUAUAAUCCACACGCUGGUUUAGCUCAAUCUUCAAUGGUUGUGUUCUACUGUACAUACUUGGUCAUGAGUGCAGUUGCUUCUGAACCAGAUGACAAGUUUUGCAAUCCAUUGGUAAGGUCAAAAGGAACAAGGACAGCUAGUGUUGUGUUGGGUGCUUUCUUUACAUUUAUAGCUGUUGCAUACACAACCACCAGAGCAGCAGCAAAUUCCGCAUUUAGCUCGGAGUCAGCCGAGGACUUUGUAACCUCAGGGACCACAUCGACACAACCAAGUGCUAGAAGUGAAAUGAGAUACCAAGCUCUUAAACAAGCUGUGGAUGAGGGCUCACUUCCUGAAAGUGCUUUGAACCAGGUAGAUUUGUAUGAUGAAGAAGAAGUCAAUGAUGAGGAAAGGUCAACCGUCAAGUACAAUUACUCACUAUUCCAUAUCAUCUUCUUUUUGGCAACUCAAUAUGUGGCAACGUUAUUGACAAUCAAUGUUAAGCAAGAUGAUUAUGGUGAUUUCGUUCCUGUCGGUAGGACAUAUUUUGCAAGCUGGGUUAAAAUUGUCAGCUCGUGGGUGUGUUUUGUCUUGUAUGGUUGGAGUUUGGUUGCUCCAGUCAUUUGGCCAGAUAGAUUUGGUGUACAAUUGUAG